AUGAAGCCCUCACUACUCUCAUUGUCAAUGCUGGCGGGGUUGGCAGCCUGCCAGAACUCUAGCUCACCUCUUCCAACCACCAUCAUCCCCACUCCUACCACGGCAACAGCACUCAGCGGAAGCACAGUCGCAAACCCGGCAGCUUUUACCACUGCCCUAACCCUCCACGUAGAAGACCUCUGGAAUCUCUUCGUGGGACCCGUUUCCACAGCCGCAGUGAACACCACUGUCUCUGCAACACCAAUCCCCACCCAUGAGCUGAUCCCGCCCCCUGGACUCUUCUACAGCUCUUUUCCAUCCGGUCAACAAAUCCCAAUGGCGAGCAAGAAUGAGAGCUGGAAGUUUCCAGCGGGCUUUUGGUGGGGUGUUGCCAGUGCUGCGUAUCAGGUUGAGGGCGCUGCGAAGGCGGAAGGGAGAGGGCCGUCUAUUUGGGAUGUUUUGCUGCAUCGUGUGACUGGCUAUACGGUUGCGAAUCAGACGGGUGAUGUUGCUGAUAAUCAGUAUUAUUUGUACAAGCAAGAUAUUGCACGCAUUGCUGCUCUCGGGGUGAAGACGUACUCCUUCUCAAUCAGCUGGUCACGAGUCUUCCCAUUUGGAAAUGGUCCUGUCAAUGGGCUGGCACUUGCUCAUUACGACGACGUUAUCAACACAUGUAUUGAGUUUGGAGUUGAGCCAGCCGUCACUCUCUAUCACUGGGACUUGCCUUUGAACCUCCAGAACACCUAUGGUGGCUGGUUAGGACCUCAAAUCGUUGACGAUUUCGUCGCCUACGCCAAGGUUGUAUUUGGCCGUUAUGGAAACAAGGUCCCUCGCUGGUUUACUGUCAACGAGCCAAUUGUAUUUUGUAACAACUACCCUUUACCGGACCAUUACUUCACCAACACCUUAAUCCCCAAAAUCCAGCAGCCAUUUUGGUGCGGUCAUCACGUGCUCCUAGCUCACUCUAAAACGUACCACCUCGCCAAAUCCAUGGGAAUCAACGGCACAGUUUCAUUCAAAACCAACGGCGGGUACAAGAUUCCUCUCACGAACUCUAGCGAAGACGCUGUCGCCGUCCAGCGAGCAUGGGAUUUCAACGAGGGAUGGUUCGCCAACCCGACUUUUCUCACCGGAGACUAUCCCAAAUACUUGAAGGAUUUCGUCUCCGGAUUCUUACCUGAAUUUACUGAUGAGGAGAAAUCGAUGAUCAAUGGUACCUCUGAUGUUUACGCACACGAUGCGUAUACAUCUCAAUUCUACAUGGCCCCGGAUUCCGGAAUCCAAGCCUGCACCUCCAACACCUCACACCCCCUCUACCCCUCCUGCGCUAAUACAACCUACUCUUACACCACCGCCGACGGCGGCUGGAAUGUCGGGCCAGCCGCGGACCCGCUCUCGCCCUGGUUGCACAAAGCGACCGACUGGGUGCCGCUCUUCCUGCGCUACAUCCACGACACCUGGCACCCGUCCGGCGGCAUCGCCAUUACCGAGUUCGGAUUCGCGGAGCCGUUUGAAGUGCUGAAGACGCUCAAGGCGGAUAUACAGUUUGAUCCAAUUAGGAGUAGUUACUACAGGGAGUAUAUGGAGGCUAUUUUGAUGGCGAUUAGUGAGGGUGUUAAUGUGGUGGGGACGCUGGCUUGGAGUAUUGUGGAUAAUUUGGAGUGGAAUUCGGGCUAUCAGGAUAAGUUUGGGGUGCAAUAUGUCAACCUUACGACUCAGGAACGCGCCUAUAAGGCGAGUUUCUUUGAGUAUGUCAAUGCAUUCAAGUUGUAUGGUACAGAUCCUGUUACUCCUCACUUUGUAUCUUCAUAG